AUGUUCCGGAACGCCCUCAGACAGUCGACGCGCGCCGUGGGCGCCAUUUCUGCGAGCAGAGUGGCUGGGGCCCGUGUUGUCGCACCUGCCUUCAACGCCGUCCUCCAGGCCCGGUCCUACGCCGACGCAAAGGCCAGCCCGACCGAGGUCUCGUCCAUUCUCGAGCAGCGGAUCCGCGGUGUCCAGGAGGAAGCCAACCUUGCCGAGACCGGCCGUGUCCUGUCUGUUGGUGAUGGUAUCGCUCGUGUGCACGGAAUGGCCAACGUCCAGGCCGAGGAGCUUGUCGAGUUCGCCUCUGGCGUCAAGGGCAUGUGCAUGAACCUCGAGGCCGGCCAGGUCGGUGUCGUGCUUUUCGGCUCUGACCGUCUCGUCAAGGAGGGCGAGAUCGUCAAGCGUACCGGCGAGAUUGUCGAUGUCCCCGUCGGCCCCGAGCUGCUCGGCCGUGUCGUCGACGCUCUCGGCAACCCCAUCGAUGGCAAGGGUCCCCUCAACACCAAGGAGAAGCGCCGUGCUCAGCUGAAGGCUCCCGGCAUUCUGCCCCGCCACUCCGUCAACCAGCCGGUGCAGACUGGCCUGAAGUCCGUCGACGCCAUGGUUCCCAUCGGCCGUGGCCAACGUGAGCUGAUCAUUGGCGAUCGUCAAACCGGCAAGACCGCCGUCGCCCUGGAUGCCAUCCUCAACCAGAAGCGCUGGAACAACGGCACGGACGAGACCAAGAAGCUGUACUGCGUGUACGUCGCCAUCGGCCAGAAGCGGUCGACCGUCGCCCAGCUCGUCAAGACGCUGGAGGAGAACGAUGCGAUGAAGUACUCCAUCAUUGUCGCUGCCACCGCGUCCGAGGCUGCUCCCCUGCAGUACCUUGCCCCCUUCACCGGACGUACCUUCCUCGACAUGUCGACAUUUCUUCCCUUUUCGGUCUAA